AGCUGCGUUCUCCCCCACCUCCAUCUUGAGUUCAGAGCGUUGUUGAGGGUGUUUUGGUGUAAUCGAUUCGCCAUUUUUCAAAAAUGACCGACCAGCUUUGUAAACUUUUCGUCGGUGGGCUCAACGUGGACACCGACGACGAUGGCCUACGCAAGCAUUUUGAGCAGUACGGCACGCUCACCGACUGCGUUGUCGUCGUGAACAAGCAGCUCCAGCGAUCUCGCUGCUUCGGCUUUGUAACCUACUCCACGCCGGAGGAGGCCGACGCGGCAAUGGCGGCUAGGCCGCACACCGUCGAUGGCAACGCGGUCGAAGUGAAGCGAGCCGUGGCAAGAGAAGACGCAAACAAGCCCGAGGCCCUCGCUAAGGUGAAGAAAAUCUUCGUUGGCGGUCUGAAAGACGACAUCGAAGAGCAGCAUCUGACCGAAUACUUCUCCCAGUACGGGCAGGUCGAGAAGUCCGAAGUGAUCUCAGAGAAGGAGACCGGAAAGAAAAGGGGCUUCGGCUUUGUGUACUUCACCGAUCACGACUCGGCCGAUAAGGCGGUUGUCGUGAAAUUCCACACCGUCAAAGGACACAAAGUUGAGGUAAAGAAAGCCCUGACCAAACAGGAGAUGCAGGCAGCCAACAGAACCUCUAUGACACCGAGAGGCAGAGGCGGUAGAGGUAUGAGAGGAAAUCAAAAUGGCUACGGCGGCAGGGAUUAUGGCGGAAACUACAACUACGGUAAUGGCGGAGGCUACAACUGUGGCGGCUACGGAGGGUACGGCAGCGGGCCAUAUGGGGGUGGCUAUGGAGAUCAGGGAAGUGGCUAUGGCGGUGGCAACGGCUACAAUGAGUUUGGCAGCGGCUAUGGUCAGCAUCCUUCUGGCUAUGGCCCCAUGAAAGGGCCACCUUUCGGCGGCCAGAGGAGCGCAGCUCCCUACACCAGAGGCGGCGGCGGCGGUGGCGGCUACGCAAGGGGGGGCUACGGCGGCGGCGGCUAUUAAAUGAGACUGCACGAUGGAAAGCAACCCCUACUAUUGUCCCACAAAUUGCCCUCUCCCCUCAGCCCGGAAUUGGACGCCAAGAGUCAAAGCCAGUAACGGGGCGUCUGCCGUGAAAUCCAACCAUGGCAGAGAUACGGACACAAAGACCCCCUCCCCCAAAUCAUUACGAAGACCUCCAAACCCAAACAGGUUGCUUCUGUAACCUGGGCACGAGGACGGUAACCCCCGAAACGAUGGGGGUGUGUGUCUCUCCACGCUGACAGUGGGGACCAAAGAGUGGUUGUGCCUUCUUCCCCCACAGGAUGAUGGUGCUUGGCGAAUUCUGAUCACCCUGUAGGAAAAGGAAACUUAUGUUGGCCUUUCUUUUUAUGAAUUCACAAUAAAUCAAUAUAUUUUUGUAUAUCAA